GAAGACCUUCGUUUGUGGAUCGGUUGUAGAACAAUGCCCAGCACUUCUAUUAACUCCCGGGUGUUAACCCACUCAGACCUCCCCAGAAGCAUAAAGCCAAUACACUAUAGCUUGCUUUUGUUCAAUAUUGAAUUGUGCGAACCGUGGACAUAUCAAGGUCAUGUCCAAAUUCAUCUUGAAAUUGAGUCUGCAACCAAAUCAAUCGUUUUGAAUACGCAAGAACUCGUGUUGUCAACGGCGGAAGUUGUGACGACGACACUCAAGAACGAAAGAUCAGUGCUUCAAGCGACCAAAAUCUCUUAUGACCAUAGAAACCAACGAUGUACACUGGAGUUUGAACAGAAACUGCAGCCAACACAUGAAUCCACAACAGUCCUCCAUAUCUCUUUCAAAGGGACAGUCAACAAUCAGCUCACCGGGUUUUAUCGUUCAUCUUACGAGAACUUGGACGAGUCAGCAGGAGAUGAAGAUGAGGGGGAGGACGACGACGACGACGACGACGAAAGCCAGGAUACUCGCUUUAUGCUCAGCACCCAAUUCCAGCCUACCUAUGCGCGUCGAGCAUUCCCUUGUUUUGAUGAACCUGGCCUGAAAGCCACAUUUGACUUUGCUGUCGAAGUUCCUGUCGAACUGGUGGCCCUCAGUAACAUGCAAGUCAAGGGUGAAAGACCAGGCAAAAAUCGAAACUUCAAGGUGGUCGAGUUCGAGCGGACUCCAUUGAUGAGUACAUAUUUACUUGCCUGGGCCAUUGGAGAUUUCGAGUACAUCGAGCGUUUUGCAACACGUUCUGGUGCACCCAGUUACCCUGUCAGACUGUAUACGACUAAAGGUCUUGCCGAGCACGGGAAGUUUGGGAUCGAAGUCGCCAUCAAAGCUCUGGAUAUUCUUUCCAAGAUGUUCCGCAUAGAGUACCCUUUGGCAAAAUUAGACUUACUUGCAGUUCAUGGAAGCGCUGACGACGCCAUGGAGAAUUGGGGCCUGUUGACAUUCCAGAUAACGGCACUAUUAUUCGACGAGAAGUCUUCCGACCCGGAGUACCUGACCCACGUUGCCUACAUCGUCGCCCAUGAGUUGGCACACCAGUGGUUCGGGAAUCUGGUGACCAUGGAGUGGUGGAAUGAGUUGUGGCUCAACGAAGCCUUCGCGACGUGGGCCGGAUGGUAUGUUGUGGAUAUUUGCUAUCCUGAAUGGAACGUAUGGGCUCAGUUCGUCGGAGAGAGCAUGCAGUAUGCGUUCCAUCUUGAUAGCUUGCGGGCGAGUCACCCUGUCGAGGCACCUACCGUUGACGCUUUGGCGGUGGACUCCCUGUUUGACGACAUAUCAUACUCGAAAGGAAGCUCGCUCAUCCGAAUGCUGGCCACAUACAUGGGCGUGGAUGUCUUUUUAAAGGGAGUGUCGGAGUACUUGCACAAGUACGCCUACGGUAGUACGACGGCAGAGCAAUUGUGGGACGCCCUCAGCAGAGAGUCUGAAUUGGACGUCUCGGCCGUGAUGACUCCCUGGAUAAAGGCUGUUGGGUUCCCGGUCAUCAAAGUCGAUGAGGAAGGCAACAACUCUCCUCCUCACCAGCUCUUGAUUAGACAAAAGCGGUACCUAUGGGACGACUUUGUGAGUGAAGCGGGAGAAGAUACAACCAUCUGGUGGUUGCCAAUCAACACCACACCCAGCCCAAACGUGGCUCAACGGGAACAGCACCCUGAAGCAGCUGCCUGGCCCCGGGAGAACGCGAAAGAAGCCGGGAUUCAUGUCAUUGCCGCGUCAGAGUUUCGACCUCUUAAUACCGACCAAGCUGGAUUUUAUCGAACUGACUGGCCCCCUGCUUUGGUGAAGAAAUUGGAGGACAUGAUAACUUCCUUCUCCGUCCAAGAGCAGAUCGGUUUGCUUGGGGACGUUGUAGCCUCAGCAUCUUCGACGCAAGGCAGAAUGGAUAGUGGAGGCCUGUUAACUUUCAUGCAAAGCUUCCGCACCCAGGACGACAUUCAUAUCUGGAAUGCACUGCUAUCCAGUGUUUCUGAGAUUCAAUCGAUCUUCUCCGUUGAUGCGCAAAUGGCAACAGGAUUCAGGAAAUUCAUUUUAGACCUGACCUCAAUUGCUUUAAAGCGUCUGGGUUGGGAAAUGAGGUGUACGACUACUGCGUCCUCCACGCCUCUGACAGCCCGUCGUCUUCGUGGUCUUCUUGUCUUGACUGCGGGCCUUGCUGGUCACAAAGAUCUCGUGUCAGAAGCAUUGGGCCAUUUCGAGGCUUAUCUGGAUUCAGACGCUGUAGGGGCUACUGACCCGUCACUUCGACGAGCUGUAUUGAGCAUUUCAGUCAAUAGCGGAGGUCUCGAGGUUUUCAAGGCAAUGAAGACGGCGCAUUCGGAAACAGAAUUCAUCGAUGGCGAGGAAGUAAUUCUCAACUGCCUUGGUCAAGUGGCGACUCCACAGCUGGCGAGAAGAUACUUGGAUUGGGCUUUCAACGGCAACAUCGAAACGGAGGAAUUGGCCUGUGUCAUCGAUGGUCUCGCGGAAAACAGUAAUCCAGAAGUGCGAGAGGUGAUGUGGCACUUUAUAAAGGAGAAAUGGGGCAGGAUAGAGAAGCUUUAUGCUGGAUCCCUGGGGAUAUUUGCACCUAUCCUGCAACGAGCUCUGGAAACUCUGGUCUCUGACAAGAUUGCAAACGAUGUCAAGAUAUUUUUCGAGCACAAAGAGACGGCAGAGUAUGCCCAAGCCUUGGCCGUGGGGUUGGAGACGAUCGCAUGGCGCACCAAAUACCUCGAGAGGGACUUGGACGUGGUCAGGGAUUGGCUACAGAGUAGAGGAUAUAUGCCAGCAGACGUGAAGUAA